AUGUCUCAGCGAAUCCUGUCAGAAUUCGACAUCGUUUUUGCUGGAGGUGGUGCUACAGCCUGUGUUGUCGCAGGUCGCUUGGCUGCAUAUGAUCCCUCGCUCAGGAUCUUGAUUCUGGAAGCGGGUCAACACACCCUCAAUAAACCUAUACAUGUCCAACCAUACCAAUAUCCCCUCAACCAAGCACCGACGAGCACCACGGUCACAUUCCACAAGGGAAAUCCAUCUCCUCGCCUCAACGGCCGUGCGCCGAUCGUUCCUUCCGGUCGUUGCGUUGGUGGAGCCUCAUGUGUGAAUUUUAUGGCAUAUACCCGUGCACCUGCUUCGGACUUUGAUGAUUGGGGAGUCGAUGGUUGGGAAUCUGAAAAUUUGAUUCCCCUCAUGAAGAAGCUGGAGACAUAUGGGAUGCAGCCCAAUCGUCCAACUCACGGAUAUGACGGACCUAUCAAAGUUUCAUCUGGUGGGUGUAAGUUGGGUAUCGCCGACGAAUUCAUCCAGGUUGGCACGACCUAUCACAAGAGGCAGUAUGCCGACGACACCGAUGAUUUGGAAACAUGCAAUACAUACAGUCCAUGGCGGAAAUACAUCGACGGAACAACCGGAAGGCGCUCUGAUGCAGCUCACCACUAUGUCUACAACCAAGCUCACAACCUGAAUUUACAAGUCUGGGACGGAAAGCGCGUGAAACGCAUCAUCUUCGAAGACAAGCGUGCUGUAGGUGUCGAGUUCGCCAGCGACCCGGUGUCUUGCCCAGAUGCGGAUCAGUCGUCGAGUAUUGUAAGAGCAUCAAAACUGGUUGUUAUUUCUGCUGGGGUAUUCGGCUCCCCGACCAUUCUGGAGAGGUCUGGGAUCGGUGCCGAGGCGAUCCUCAAGCGAUGCGGUAUCGAGCAGCUGGUGAAUUUGCCUGGUGUCGGAGAGAAUUAUCAAGAUCACAAUCUCGUCUUUGUUCCAUACUUGGCUGCUGACGAGGCCGUUACCAUGGACGCCCUCUGGCGUGGUGACAGUAUCCUGCAGGAAAGCCUUGCGGAAUGGAACAGCAGCGGCAAGUCGUUGAUUGCACAAAACGGCCUCGAUGCAAAAAUCAAGUGGCGUCCUGAUGACGAGGAGUUGAAAGCCAUGGAUCCAGCUUUUCAACCGCGCUGGAAGGAGUUCUUCCAGGACCGGCCAGACAAGGCUGUUGCAAUAUUUUCCAGACACGUUCAACCGCUCUCGAGGCCGCUUGUUCUUCCUCCUCGCAAGUAUAUGUGUACGGGGUAUUAUACACUUUACCCCGUGUCUGUUGGAAGCGUCCAUAUCCACGUGACAGAGGACGGAAAAGAAGAAAUGGACUUUACUACAGGCUUCCUAGAUGAUCCAUCUGAUAUUGUUCCUCUUGACUUCGGGUACAAAAAGACACGCGAACUUCUUCGACGCAUGGCUUCCUACCGAGGUGAAGUCGCUGCCGGCCAUCCUGAUUUCCCGGAGGGAAGCGCUGCAGCCUGCAGAGAAGCCUCCGGGCCAGUGGACUUGAAUGCGCCAGACAUUGUUUACACUACCGAAGAUGACGAGGCGAUUGAUCGAUUCCACCGCGAUAUUAUGCAAACGACGUGGCAUUCUCUUGGGACUUGUGCGAUGAAACCUGAGGCAGAUCAGGGAGUCGUCGACGCUCGGCUCAAUGUAUAUGGAGUGUCGAACCUGAAGGUUGCAGAUAUGUCCAUUUCGCCGUUGAACGUUGGCACAAACACGUACUCGACUGCACUUCUCAUUGGAGAGCGGGCUGCGAUGAUCAUUGCUGAAGAAUUGGGUAUCAAUUGCAUUUGAUAUUCAUCGUCAGGCCAUUUCCUGGACCGACUACUCAUCCGCCGUGAACAAUGCG